AAUUCGUUUUAUUUAUUUUCCUUUUAGAAUAUUUAUUCAAUCGGGCAAAGAUAGAUACGAAGGCGUAUCUGUCAGCGUAUUUGUGCGAAAUUGUUAUUGUCCUUUUGUCGUUGAUGUGACAAUCUAAUUACCUGAGUUACCGUUAAAACAAUCAGUUCAGUAUAGAAUUGGUUGUGUCACAGGUGGUCGUCGUUGUCGUUGUCGUCGUAGUCGACGGUGUUGAAAGAGAAUUUAGUGGAAUUCGAUAAAUUCGAAAAGCGACACUUUGUCAGCGUUACAAGAUCGUAACAGAGAAUGAGAAAGAGAGAGAGAGAGAGAGAGAGAGAGAGAAAGAGAGAGAGUAAGUAUUAUACGGUUGAACAUAAAGCCGCCAUUAUUAGAACUUGUGCCGGUUGCCAAGUACUUGACUGGUGUGCUUUUUCUAGCCCCGCAACGAUGCGUUUGCUUGCAUUCGUCGAUGCGACGAUGCGUUCUCGGCUGCUUCGAAGAAUAUCCGGCUCGUUCGUCUCUUCGUUAUCUUUUUCUCUUUUCUUUUAUUUUCUCUUCUCUUCUCUUCUCUUUUCUUCUCUUUUCUCUCCUCCUUUUCCUCCUCCUCCUCCACCUCCUCUUCCUCUCUUUCUCAUGGGCGCGUGCUUUCGUCGUUUUCCUCGUCCAUGUGCUAGCCAGUUGCAACGCGUACGGCCUACCAAACGAAACUGCACUUUUCUCAUUAGACCUUAAUUAGAAAGAAUCUUUUUUUAUUCUUUCUUUCUUUUUUUUUUAUUCUUAACAUUAAUCUCUCGCUCGAUAUGUCGCGAGCCAAAGUUUAUUCUUUCUUUCUUUUUUUUUUCUUUUUUUUUUUUUCAAUUAAACCAAUCCCAUAAUAUUAUCACGAGUGAUAUUUUCCCAUCGUAAUCGUUUGAAAAAUGAUACAUUUGUUUCCCGAAUUGACCUAAGUGAUCUUUAUUUAUUGUAUCCUUUCUCACUCUCUCUCUUUAUCUCUCUUUAAGACAAUUUCACAGAAGAAUGAUUUUACGCGUUUCAGAUUUGUUAGAUAUCAUCGUAUACGUCAUCGUGUAACCAUCAUCAUAAUUCUCGUAGUUCGUUGAUUGUUACAGUUGUCAUUGUCAAUUCUUGUCAAAGUCACAUCUCAUUUCUGUGUUAACUCUUGUGUACAAAAAAUUGACCAACGAUAAAUAUACAUAUUAUUCCGUAUUCUUGUUGUUCUAACGCGUACAUUAAUAUUCAGUGUUUAAUUCGCUUUAUUAUUCAAACAACCAGUAACUUCGACCAAAGUUUAACGAGUGCUAUAGCAUAUAAAGUGUCGAGUGGUUAAAGUAGCGUAGUUGAAAUUAUUAAACGUUCGAGUGUGUUACCGAUUAAAACACAAAGAGCGUUUGAGUCCGGGUGUAAGCAUGCCACAAUCGAAACUCACGAGUUUGCUAUUAACGACGUGGUUAUUCGCAACAGUGGCCACUAAAUCGCGCGUAGACGAGCUCAUCCAAACUUCAACCGAAUACGAGAUUAUAUAUCCGAGAAUAAUAACGUAUGAUUAUCUAUCCUCAUCGUUACGUGAUCAAAGAUUACCAUUGAUAAAUUAUUAUUCGAGGAUUCCCACGUUAAAACAUAAUAAGAUCUAUGUGAUCGUUCAAAAUUGGACACUUGUAACAACGAUCAACGAUCGAUUAACAUUUUCAAAUGGUCUAUCAAAUGAACGAGAAAAUUUCAAUCGUAGUUUCUUAGAUUGCGAUCUAAGAUACGGUAUUAUAGAAAACAAUGAAAAUUCUUCGUCAGUUGUAUUGACGAUUUGUUUAGAUGAAAUAUAUGCAUUUUUCAUCGUCAAUGGUAGAUCCUUCUUCGUGGAACCUUUGACUAAUGGUAAACAUAUUUUUUACGAAUCGAAUAAUACCAAAUGGUGGUCGUCCAAACAAUUAUCCAAAAAUUUUGGUCCGUCGAUCGAAAUUUUACCUGAUUUUUAUUACCAGAAGAAAAUAAACGAAUUGAAAGGUCCCACAGAACGAUCCAAACGAGAUAUUCCAAGCGUUAAAACUAAUGGAUAUUAUAAUCUAACCGGAGAUGUUUUCGAUAUGGAAAAUUUGAAUCUUGAUUUCGAGGAUAAUGAGGAAUUCUUGAAAAAAACAGACGACGAUGUUAUGAUCGAACGAUUGCCACCAAGGAAUGAUCCCGAGGACGUUGGUUAUUUUUCUAAUCCAUCUUGGAGCAGAAGCAAAGUACCGAAACGGAAACAAUUACCACCACGAUGGUUGGAGGUUGCGAUAGCUGCAGAUUAUUCUGUUAUCGAAUUUCAUGGUCCUCGUGUUCGACAAUACGUUCUUGCACUUCUGAAUAUUGUCAGUGCAGUUUUUAGAGAUCCUUCACUCGACUCUAAUAUGGUUCUCGUGGUUGCUCGGAUAAUCCUUUACGCGGAUAAGAGAGAUAGUUUGGUUCAAGAUGGAAACUCAAGAAAAUCUUUGGAAAAUGUCAACAAGUGGAACCGCAAACUCUUAUCCUUAUCAAAGGAUAGUCACGAUAUAGCAAUAUGGUUAACUCGAUUAGAUAUCGGUGGUCCAUCAGGAUACGCUCCUGUAUCGGGAGUUUGCAAUCCUGCGAGAUCUUGUACUUUAAAUCGUGACGAAGGUUUAACCAGUGCUUUCAUCAUUGCCCACGAAUUGGCACAUAUUUUGGGAUUGACUCACGAUGGCGAUAAAACAUCUGGAAAUUAUUGCGAGGAGGAAGCUUCGCUUGGUAGCGUGAUGGCCCCUAUGGUUGCCGCAACUUUCCAUCAUUUUUAUUGGUCCACGUGUUCGAGGAAAGAAUUCCAUCGGAAAGUCAAACAAUGGUCUUGUUUGUUAAAUCGACCGAAUAUUGACAAUAAUAUUACACGGUUGGAUAUUAAUGUACAAGAAAUGUUUACGAUGGAUGAACAAUGUCGAGUGGAAUUUGGUCAAGGUUAUCAUCUAUGUAAAAGCUUUGAAAUUCGGGAACCGUGUUCUCGUCUAUGGUGUGGUAAUUCGAACAUUUCUCAAAUAUGCAAAACUAAGAAAGGUCCACCAAUGGAAGGUACACUCUGUGGAAAAAAUAAAUGGUGCGUUAACGGCCGCUGCGAAACUAUGGAUCGAGAAAGAUCGAAUUUAGAACCAUUAUUUUCUAAUCCAAGAAAUGGAGGAUGGAGUGGUUGGAGUUUAUGGGGAAAGUGUACCAGAUCAUGCGGCAUUGGUGUACAAUGUAGAUCACGAACUUGCAGCAAUCCACGGCCAGCUUACGGUGGAAAAUAUUGUAUGGGUUCUAGCGAGGAUUGUAAAAUUUGCGAGUCAAUGAAAUGCUUGACAAAUAUUGAUCUUCGUGCUCAACAAUGUUCGAGAUUGAUCGGUAUUUUAGAUUUUAAAGAAAUAUCGUCGAAAUUGAACAUGACAUGGUUGGCUUACGAGCCCGAAGAAAUAGAAUUAAAAUGCCGAUUAAUUUGCCGUAGCAAAGAGACCGGAGAAAUAUUUACAAGUAAAAAGAAUCUAAUGAAUGGGACUCCUUGUUCUUACGGUUCUACGGACAUCUGUAUUCAGGGCGAAUGUAGGCGUAUGGGGUGCGAUAAUAUUUUCAAUUCGGACAAAAUAUUGGACAAUUGUGGUACAUGCAAUGGCAACGAUACCGAUUGCGACUACGUUAUUAAUAAAUUUCAACGUAAACUACGCCGAGCAAUGACACGUUUAACCGUAUUACCGCGAAAUGGUAUUAACAUGGAAAUGAAUAUUACAAUGUUAAAAACAUCGUUCGUACAUAAAAUCAAUACAACGUUCGUUAUAAUAGAUGGUAAAAAACGUCGACAUAGAGUAAACAAUUUUGAUAUAAAAAGUUACGAAUUGUUAGUGGUCGAGGGUACUGCUUUUCAAAUUCAGAUAGUUGCUAAUAACAAAUAUACCGUGAAAACUAGAGGGAUGGCUUUGGAUGACAUUAUCGUAUCGUUCGUAGUACCACCGAAUGUUGUAAGAUCGGGUACAUCAAUAGCUGUAUCUUCACGGUAUUCCAUAAACCGUAAUGAAAAAAAUACAGAUAAACGAUACUUAUGGAUGGAGGGUGGAUGGAAUUUUUGUUCUGUCACCUGUGGAGGUGGAAUACGGAGAAAAAUGAUUGCUUGUAAGGACGAUAAGACUGGAAGAAUAGUUUCCAGAAGGAAAUGUGCAUUUGUUCCCAAACCUAAUUUAAAAAUGGAAAUUUGUAACAUACAGAGUUGCGAUUAUAAAUGGCUGCCAGGACCAUGGGAAACAUGUUCAGCUUCCUGUGGACAUUUUGGUAUUCAAACACGUCAACUUCAUUGCGUUCGCUCGUCCUAUAAUGAAAGUGAAAUAAUUAGUAGUAACGAAUUGGAGGCUUACAGAAUAAUAUUGAGACCUUCUUUGUGUAUGGAUCAUCAACGACCAAAAAUCGAACAAGAAUGUAACAGGGUAGCCUGUUAAAAUUGUUAAUAGCCAUAUUUUAGAUUCGAUUUUUUUUCCAUUGUUACAAGGAAUCGCGAUUUAGGAGAAUACAAAUUUCAAUUUGUGGGUUUGUUUUUAUAAUGCAGAUAAUAUCCUAUGGUUUAGAAAUACCGAUUAAUGAAGAAUUCAUCAGGUAAUUUGAAUAUUUGAAAAUAAAUUAUACAUACGAAACGAUAUCCAUCCACUUAAAUUAACAUUUUUACAUUUAUAGUUAUGACAUCUUUCGAGUUUGAAAAAUUACAUAUACUAAAAAGAUAUUUUAUUGAAAAAGAGAAGGAAUAAUUGUAAAAUAAGCUUUUUU